GGCAACAGCUAUGAAUCCCAGCUGUCGUUAUCAAACAUUCGUAUAAGGGAUCCGGCCUGAUUUACAAAGUAGGCCUUGUCUUUUUACCAGAAGUACUGUAAUCUUGCACACGGUCGCUCUGCUUCGAUUGCUCGCUGCAAAUCAGGAAAAAAAAUCACCAUGGCGGACAACGCGCUGUACGAUAUUCUCGGUGUUCCCACCAAAGCCACCGAUACCGAAUUGAAAAAGGCCUACAGAAAGCUAGCAAAAGAGUUUCACCCAGACAAGAAUCCUGAGGCAGGAGAGAAAUUCAAAGAGAUCUCAUUUGCCUAUGAAGUACUCUCUGAUCCCAAGAAGAGGGAAAUUUAUGACAGACAUGGACUGAAAGGAUUACAAGAAGGAGUUCACGAACAUGGUGGUUUUGGAGCAGAUGACAUUUUAUCCCAUUUCUUUGGUGGAGGUUUGUUUGGAGGCAUGGGUGGUGGUGGACGAAGAAAGACACGUCAGAGAGGUGAAGACACUGUUCACCCUCUAAAGGUCACUUUGGAAGAUUUGUAUAAUGGGAAGACUUCCAAGCUCCAGUUGAGCAAAAAUGUUAUUUGUUCUGUUUGUAGUGGGCAAGGUGGGAAACCUGGAGCCAAUGUUACUUGUUCAACAUGCCAAGGUCGUGGAAUAAAAAUUUCAUUAAGACCUCUUGGACCAGGCAUGAUGCAGCAAAUUCAGUCAGUAUGUACAACCUGCAAUGGAGAAGGUGAAAUGAUAAAUGAGAGAGACCGCUGCAAGCCAUGCAAAGGUAAAAAAGUGCAAAAUGAAACAAAGAUUUUGGAAGUUCAUGUUGACAAAGGAAUGAAAGACGGUCAGAAAAUUUUGUUCCGCGGUGAAGGUGACCAACAGCCGGGAGUUGAAGCUGGCGACGUAGUUAUAAUUUUACAACAGAAACCUCACGAAAAAUUCAAGCGACAGGGUGAUGAUCUUUUUGUGAUGCACACCAUAACUUUAACUGAAGCGUUGUGCGGAUUCUGUUAUGUGCUUAAGCAUCUUGACGGCCGCGAUCUGGUGAUCCGACAAGCACCCGGAAACGUAGUAGAACCAGGAAGUACGAAGAUGGUCCCAGGAGAAGGAAUGCCUCGCUACCGUAGUCCAUUCGAGAAAGGAGAAUUAUUUAUCAAAUUUGACGUCCAAUUCCCCGCUAGCCACUUUGCUGAUGAAUCAACAAUUAUGGCGAUUGAAAAGCUUUUACCCGGACGACCCGCAAUCAUUCCACCAUCUGGGGAGCACGUCGAAGAAGUUGACCUUCAUGAUUACGAUGCCAAUGAACGUCGUGAUGGAGGCGGUGGGCCUAGCAACGCGUACGAUUCGGACGAUGAGGAAGGAGGUCAAUCAGGACCUGGUGUACAGUGUGCUCAUCAAUAGAAUAUGUCAGGGGAAACAAGUCGAUCUUGUCCUUCGUUUACGGCUAUUCCCUCUCCCCUUAUAUUACCAAAUUUCAAAUCCACUUGAUUAUCUUAAAUUGAAAACAAUUUCCUCGAAUUGAAAGAAAAAUUCGCUUGUCGUUCUGAAAACAUUUGUUCGUCCAGUGUAGCAGAAUUCAACGCAAAGAAGUGGGGGUCUACUGUGCAAGUGUGCAAGCUUACUAUCACGUGGUUAGGUGAAUUGUACUACCAUUUGUGGCACAUAGUGAAAGAACAAUCAAGAUUUGCUGUUUUCCACUUGACAUUGUACUCUGGGAGUCUUGGCUGGUGUCCCCCUAUUUCGACCGACACCUCUCUGGUAACAUGUACACGAUAAUAAACGUGGUGUCACUGAA